AUGUAUUUAACAAAUAAAGGCACCCCAGGACAGGAAUUUCGAGUAUCAAUGGAUACGGCAAGUUCAAAUCUUUGGGUUGUAGAUAAAACUUGUAACUAUCAACAAAAAUGUAAUGAUAAAUGUAAAAAUAGAGAAUAUUGUAAUAAAAAUUGUGAUGUUUAUUGUUGUGGUAAAAUUUCAAAUAUUUCUUCUUGUGACGGGAAAAUAAAAUUUGAUUCAAGUAAAUCAACAACUUAUAAAAGUAAUGGCCGUCCGUUUAGUAUAAUUUAUGGACAAGGAUUUGCUGAUGGAUUUUUGGGGAGUGAUAGAUUAAAAUUUGGUUGUAUUGAUGAAAACACUUCAUUAACAAUCCCAAAUAUUAUUUUUGGUCAAGCAACAACAAUAGAUAAACAUGCUGGCAAUGAACCGAUUGAUGGAACUUUGGGAUUAGCAUUUCAGUCAAUUGCUAUUAAUGGGGUAGAACCUCCUUUAACUGCUGCUAUUAGAUUGGGUUUAUUAGCUAAUGCAAUAUUUACUGUUUAUUUGGCAACUUUGGGGAGUAGUCAAAAGAAAUUGGUUAAAGGACAAUUUACCUAUGGAGGAUUAGACAACAAAAAUUGCGAUAACGUAAUUGGAUGGGCACCACUUAUAAAUCGCUCUUAUUUCAUUUUUGAACUUGAAGUAGUUAAUUAUAUAAUUGAAGUAAAAUUUAAAAUUAAGGGUGUUAGUUAUGGCAAUAGUUAUCAAAGCAAAAUAAGGCAAAAAGAUACAGGUAGUUCACUUAUUUAUGGAAGUAGUUCAAUAAUUCUUUCAAUUGGACAACAAAUUGGGGCAGAAUAUAACAAAACAGCAAAUAUAUUAUUUAUUCCUUGUAAUAAAACUUACAAUCCAAUUACUUUUAAAAUAAAUGGAAAUAAAUAUAAUUUAACUAAAGAAGUAUUAACAAUCGAUGUUUAUGAUCCCUUACAUUUAAAAUGCUUAUUUGGAAUGGUUCCACAAAAUUUCCCAAGUGGAUCUCUCGAUUGGAUUCUUGGCGCGCCUUUUAUUCGUCAAUAUUGUAAUAUCUAUGAUAUUGGUAAAAGUCGAAUGGGGUUUGCUAAUGUACUGCCAGAAAAUAAGAAAAAAUAA